AUGCCUCCGCCCCGGAUUGUCGAGCUGGAUGACGCUGCCAAGUCUUUCCGGGUGGUGGCUACUACCCAAUUGGCUUCGGGCAGUCGCUAUGCCUCGUUCACCCACUGCUAUGGUCCAGAUUACAAGAGAAUCCCAAAAGCUACUCGAGACACUUCUCACCUCAACAUCCCCUGUCUGCUCUGCCUCAAUCUUACCGCGAUGUUUGUGCGGUGGUUGUCCGACUCGGACUCUCGCACAUCUGGAUCGAGCAACAGCCAAGCUGAUCAGCAAUCACAUCAGGAUAAGGUGCUAAGGCGUGACAUCUUACCCAACGGUUUCUGUGGCAUCGGUGACACAAGCACGACUUCCUCAUCCUCCGGCCUUUUUACAAGCUUCGAUCGAGGUCCUAUGACACCCGACAUCUUCCUCUUCCAGCCCAGAGCAGAUGCUCCCCCCCCCCCAUGUGCUGUUCAGAGACAUCACCACAGAAAAACCGCGACCGUUUCGAUACGAUACGAGCCGAUUUCAAUGAGCGUGCAAGCGUUGCGUGACCGCCUUAGUACCCCGGAUGGUGUACUUUGGCAAUCAGAUUGUCACGCUGCUCACCACGACGAGCUUGGCACUACAACAUUGGCAGAGCAUGGUCCCCAUAUCGUUGCGAGGGAGGGUGAACUAAGACCCAGUGGCAGCAUGCCAGUCGUCAAGCUAUGGAAGCCGCUCCUUGAGUAUUCCACGCAUUAA